GGCACGUGCCGCGUUGCGGUUUGUUGGGGAGGAAAAAAUCUGCUUUCCUUUCUGUGCUCCAUCGUUCUCGCCUCUCUAUUGUGUAAAAGGUAGCGGCGGGUUGGCGUGUCCGAUCGUCGCCUUUGUUUUCCCCGUCCGUGCUUUAUCUAGGUGAGCUCUUCCGGUGGUCGGUCGUCCUAGCCUUCGCUUUCGUCUUGUUCUUUUGCUAUCGAUGUUGCCUGGUUGUUGGGUCUUGCCUCUGGUUUAUGGAUCUGACCGUUUCUUUCAUUCGUGGUGUUCCUGGGUUACCUCUCGCGCUAACCAUCCUAGCUUUUGCUUCCGCCUUCAUAUUUUUCUUUUCUAUGGAUCUUCCGUGCUUGUUGGCUCGAUUGGAUUUAUUUUGUCCCUGCCUUACGGAUCUACCCAGUGGCUUUGUUUUCUUCGUCCGUGGUGUUCGUGGGUGCCCUCUUGUGCUAUGUGUCCUAUGCUUUGCUUCCGCCUUCAUCCUUUGCUAUGGAUCUUGUGUGUUUGUUGGGUUGGUUGGAUUUAUUUUCUGGGUUGGGGUCAUUGCCAGAUGGGGAUUCUGCAUUGUACGUCUGCUAUUUUCUGUGUCUGCUUUGUGAACGUUGGUUGUUUAUUUGAUCUUCCAGAUCUAAUGCUUCCUGCCUCUGGUUUAUGGGGCUUCUUUGUUUCUUCUGUCUAUUGGAUUUAGUUUUUACAUUAUGCUUGGUUCUAUAUUGCAUACGCUGUUAUGUGUUCCUCUGAUUUUUUUUGGAUGGGUUUGCUUGAGCUUUUCAUGUUCUGCGUAUGGAUUUCGUGGGUGCUCCUUUUUUCUCGGCCCUACUUCAGUCGGUCGGGUGGUCUCUUGCGCUGCGCGUCCUACCUUUUGCUUCCAUCUCCGUUCUUUCCUAUGGUUCAUCUAUAGUUGUUCCUUCCUUGUUGCCUAUUGCUUGUAGCGUUGGUCUCCAUUUUCUCCUCUUUUUUGAUUUUGCCUAUGGUUGAUCCUGGGCCUAAUUGUUCCGUUUGUUUUUUGCUUUCUUUUGGACUGUUUUUGUGGCUUCGCUUUGUGCGUUAUUCUUUUUGAUGUGUUCCUUGGGUUUGCUCUUUGUAUGGUCUGGCUUGUGAUUUGUGUUCGGUUAUUUUUUUUUUGCUUCGCCUCAGCUUUGGAGAUUGGCGCUUGUCAUCUUGUUCCUCUGUUCGUUCGUCGCAGUGUAGUCUUCGUGGUUGUUCGUGGCCUUUUCCGCUAUCGGGUCAGCGCCUAUACUGCGUCUGCCCGUUUGGUUGCAUCAGGGCCCUGGACCAUUAACAAGAACUGAGAUCUGGAACUGUGCAGGUGUAUAUGUUGUGUCGGCUUCUUCUGCCUCGUGCUUCCUGGAAAGUAUCUUUUCCUGAUUGACUUCUGUGAUUUUUGCUGCUGUUGAAGCUGUUGCCAUCAAGUUUUUUGUCUGCGAUGUUUGUCGUGGGUUCAUCUUAUGUUUCUUUGUUACAAGCUGUAGUUAGCCGGUGUGCUUCAGUGUCUGUUGCUUACUUAUGUGAGAUCGCUGAUGAUGGAGCUGUACUAGCCGGUGUAGAGAUAGAGUUGCCCCCCUUGAAUGCAGAGCCUGCUCCUCGCCAUGUGUUCUUUUGGAGCUAUCCUCAUAUCACUUGCAUGGCACCUUAUGAGCAGGCAGCAUUCCAGGCUGUCAGCUUCCUACAGAUGUUAUAUGGGUUCCUUGUAGUCGAUUAUAGUUACCAGAGCCUUUUGUAUUAUAGGAGAGUUGCGCAAUCAACUGUUGAGAUAGCCGCUAAUGCGAUUCGUUGGGUGCAUGCGGUUGAUCCAUUCAUUUGUGCGUGGCCCAUGCUUCCUCCCGACAUAAAUAAAUUUUGACAGGUUUCCUUUAGUGACCAUUCUGUUGUCUUGUUGUGCUUUUAGUGAGUUGUGAACUUUCCCCCCUCCUUGUUUCGUAGUCUCCUUCCCUGUGUAAUACUUAUUAUUUGUUUAAUGAUCAAACUGAUAAAUAGUUGUUGCUGCCUCGGUACGAUCUUCUGUUCUUUAUCUUCCAUUAUACAAGAUGCUAUGGUGCCUUGUUGAUUUACUUCUGUUCCUACUGCCUUGCCUUGUUCCUUCGUCUUACUACAGUUCCCUAGCAUUUUCUUCCUUGUCUAUUUGCUUAUAAUCUCCUAGAAAAUAUCAGCGGAUGUAAUGCCUCGAGAUUCCUGUAAGAGAUCAAGUAUGUUCACUCAUUUUAAUUGUUCUGUGUCUAUAUCUUGUUUUGUGUAUUGCUGUGCUGAUGUUACGCUGCCGUCUCUCCGCCUUUUUCCCUCGAACAUAGGAGAGGUUAUUUUACCGUGUGUACCUUCGGCUGUGGCCACAGAGAAUCGCCAUAAGUGUCGUAGGUUAUUCAGGCAUAAACGGUUGGGCCUGCCAGGUCCAAGCGAACAUUGUGUUGUUACUAAUCUGUAUGCGAGUUUCACACAGCAGUACGCUGAUUACCUUAGAGAGUCUUAUUGGGGAAGGUCAUACUAUGGUUCACCUGAUUUUGAGUGUGAGCACUGCCAUGCAUUGUUUUGGUACACGGAGAGAGUGCGAGGAUCCACCUCUCCUAGAGCCAAAGCGCCAGCGUAUAAUUUGUGUUGCAGAGGUGGGAAGAUCUGGAUACCCCCGUUUAAAGAACCGCCCUCAUUCCUUCAAGAACCUAUAAAAUUCAAUGGCAAUACUCGAUGUAAAAAAUUCCUUAGACAUAUACGUCAGUACAACUGUUUGUUUGCCUUCACUUCAAUGGGUGCUAGGAUAGAUCAUGGUAUAAAUAGAACUGGAGGUCCAUAUGUGUUUCGUAUCAAUGGUCAAGUCCAUCAUCGUAUUGGAUCUUUGCUCCCACCAGCAGGUGAUCCUCCACAGUUCAUUGAGCUGUAUAUUUAUGAUACUGAUAAUGAAGUACCUAAUAGGAUUCAUGCAUUAGAUAUAUCAGACAGGUUAGAAGCUGACUUAGAUAGAGAUAUAAUUGAGGGGCAGUUGCAGAUGUUGGAUGCUCAUAAUCCUUUAGUUAAGACAUUUAGAAUGGCAAGGGAUCGAUUGAAAGAAUCUGAUGGGGAAAAUGUGGGUAUUAGAAUUAUUGGUGCUUGUGAGGGUGAUCAUGUUCAGUAUAAUUUGCCGGCGUGUGACGAACUAGCUUUGUUGGUUGUUGGUGAUUUCUCUCUUGAAACCUACAAGCGUGAUAUCAUUGUCCAUUGUUUUGAUGAUAAGCUCCAGCAGAUAUCCUCGCUGCAUCUUGCACUUAUGGCUCUCCAGUACCCACUGUUGUUUCCUUAUGGUGAGCGUGGUUUCCAAGUUGGUAUUCCCUAUAUUGGUGCUUCCCUAACAAAACCAAGUGCUCGAAAUAAAAUGAUCAUGCAGGAUUACUACAGAUAUUGGUUCCACUAUAGAAGACGCCAACCAAAUCCAUACCUAUGCUACGGUAGACUCUCUUCACAAGCUGUCGAUGCUCGAGCUUGUAUUAACGAAAGUAGGUUACAGUGGAUCAUUGAUAAUCAGCCAAAACUUAGAGUAGAGCAUUUCCAAGGCAUAGUGGACGCUGUAGAGCAUGGGUGUAUUGAUGGUGAUGCUGUUGGUAAACGUACAUAUCUUCCUGCGAGCCACACUAGCGGUAGACGGUACAUGCUACAGAAUUUCCAUGAUGCAGUUGCAAUAGCUAGAGUCUAUGGACCUACAGACAUUUUCUUGACUUUCACGUCUAAUCCAAAAUGGCCUGAAAUUACUGAAGCCCUUAGACUUGAAUCUGGCCAAACGUAUACAGAUCGAGCUGAUCUUGUUGUUAGGGUCUACCAUAUGAAAUUACAGGACCUCUUAGGAGACACCAAAGACGGCACGGCCUUUGGACCUAUUAACGCAGGUGUGUUACCUCCCGUUUUAUAUUUUAUUUUUCCCCCUGCCUCUUUGUUCAUCUUUAUUAGGUUCCUGUUCCAAGGCUUUUGCCUUGUUUCAUUGCCUUAUGUAAGAUUUAUUUUCUCUUGUUUCGCUAGUUCUGCACGUUGUUGAA